CUUUUAUCGAGGCAAGGUCGCAAGGAACACGACGUUAGAAAAAAAAAGUUUUUGCGAAAAGUCGCACACCAAAUCUAACUCGAUUGCUUUCAGUUGAUAUAAGAUCAACAUCAACAGCUUCUUCUUUUCUUUAACAAUUUUCCGUCUUUGAUUCGACCUGAUCAAAGCAGCUUCCAGUUACCAAUAACAGCGCCGAAUGAAGAGCUCAGCUCGGUUUGAUUGCUGGCUUGUUUGCUUUUCUCGGCAACUGAACUCACUGACUGCUCUUUCCUCAUCUCAUCUCCCCCAAACGUGCACUCUACCGCUACCUUGCCUUGCCUUGCCUUACUUUUAUACUCACACUGCGCUGCACUGCACUUUCCUUUCUCCCACCCCCAUACAAUCCAAUCCCCUUGCGCCGACGGAGAAAGGGUACCUACCUAGGGUAUCUACUACCUUGCCUGACUUAUUAGGGUGUGCAUGUUGGCUGGGUGCGUGCAAUUACAGGGCCAACAGCUGAUCUUUUUUCUUUCUUCUCCCAUUUAUUGUCCAACUCUCAUUAUCGAGACAGACACGCGCCUUUCACCAACUCCUGUCUUCGCGCUAUAAGAGACCUCCAAAAUGGCAUCUAAUACUCAAAUGAAUGACUUGGUCAGUCGAUUUAAUGCUCUACAGGCUCGAGAAAUGCCCGAGCAGAAAUAUAUCAAGGAUCUUGUAGAAAGAUUGCAUGCGCUGCAAGAAACAAAUCAUGCCCUCCAAGAAAAGCUUGCCGACGCUAGCUUGGGUUUGAAUCAUAUGAGCCAGCUCCGCAAACUCUAUGAAGGCACUCGAUUGCAAUGUGAAACGCUCACCGCGGACCUCAACAGCAUCAGG